GAUAUGAGUAUCAACAACACAUUCGAAUAGCAUUCUAAUCGCUCCAACGCACCCACCUACAUGUGCGAGUAUAUCCAUGGUCAUGUGAUUGCCAUCAAGUCGGAUCUAUCCGUUGGGGUCCACUUAUCGCGUGACCGCUACAUCUCGUUCCUCAGCUCAGCCAUCAGCCUUUGGAUCCGUUCCAUUUUUUGCAUUCGAUGGGUUUGAGUUCCGGAAUGGAUUUCUUGGCCGACAACAAUGCUUGCGGUCGUAUCUUGUUGCGAUUGGUGAGUCGCGCUCAUUCCACCCUCGCCGAGUUGCUCAGGCUCAAGGAAGCCGCGCCCACCCUUUACCGAAAUCCGACCAAAGCGGAGCAAGCCAAAUAUGGCGAGUUGAUUGCGUGGGAUUUCCACUAUUUCAAGUCCUCCGAGGUCCUGGAGCAUCGGAUUAGCCAGAAUGAGUCGUUGCAAUUGUUGGACAUGGACCUCAAGGAGACGUAUGGCGAUCUCCUGGCUCGCUUUUAUCGUCUCUUCCAGAGUAUCCAACGCUACACCGUGGAUCUCAAGCAGUUUCUCGAGGAUCUCGAGGACGGAGCCUACAUCCAACAGAGUGUCGAGACCGUCUUCCAAGACCCGGAUGGCAAGCAAUUGUUGUGCGAGUCUUUGUACGUGUUGGGAGCCAUGUUGCUCUUGGUGGAUCAGCAUUUGGAAGGCCAUUUCCGAGAACGGAUCUUGGUGGCGCACUAUCGCUACUCGGGUCAAGAUCAGGGCCAACCUAGUCAUGUGGAUGAAAUCUGUCAACUCCUCCGCUCGACGGGUUAUUCCAUUCACGGGAAGAGACCCGCCCAUUACCCGGAAACGUUAUUCAGUCGCGUGGCACUCCCAACCCAAUUCGUGCAAAUGGUUCUGGGCCGUUUGCGCUCAGAUGACCUGUACCACCAAUUCCAAUCCUACCCAUUACCUGAACAUCGAUCGGCGGCUUUGGCGGAACAAGCCGCUAUGCUCUAUGUGUGUCUCUAUUUCGAAGGAGGUGGGACUGCGGCGGUCCUCAAGACGGAGUCGGCGGCCAUGCGAGAAAUCGUGGACAAGUUCUUUGCUGACAAUUGGAUAAUCACCUACUAUAUGGGGCAUGAAGUGAACUUGGUCGAGGCCUGGGAGCCUUAUAAGGCCGCCAAAGCCGCUUUGGCUAAUACGCUGCAGCCGAGUAAAGUCAAGGAAUUAAGUCUGAAGAGUACUGUUCAAAUCCAGAAAGUGAUGGGAGUUUUGCGGGGUUAUCUGAAGGAAGGUUGCCUGACCGAAGAUAAUGUCUUGGAGCAGAUCCCCAAGAUUCUCAAUCUGAUCCGAGAGAGUAAUGUGGCCUUGAAGUGGCGGAUGUUGCAUACCUUGGAAUUGUCACAAUAUGAGCAACAAAUCAAAAAGUGCCGUCAGCUCAGAGACCAAGUGUUGUCCGAAUCCAAGCACGAACCAUUCCAAGUGUUCCAAUUGCUCUUGUACGUGGCUGAGUUUGAGCAAAAAUUCAAGGAUAUCUACAGGAAGAUCUGGAACAGCCGGGAGUCCAUUUGGAAUACCCUCAAAACCGAGGUUAAUGAGCGUCUCUCGGAUUUGGCCCUCAUCUACGGCGGAGACCAAAGCACUGUCAGUCGGCGAAUGAUCCAAAAGAACGAGAAACUUCAAAAAUGGUUCCUAGAGCAGCAAGCUCAAGUUCAAAGCCUAGCUUUAGAACAGCCUCUGACAUCAGGUCGAUUGGCGGUUCAACUAGCGGAGGCCAUCAAUGAAGCCAUGGAGUUGGAGCAACUGGCCUCAAGUCUACAAGUGAAGCAGAGCUUAAUGGAAAUCAAGACUCGAUUGCAUCGGCUGAUCCGAAUUGCUGGAAUCAAAGAGGACGUUAUGAUCGUUACCCAAAUCGUAGGCGACAUCAGUUACGGAUGGCGAAUCGUUGAACAAUUCACCCCCUUCAUGCAAGACGGAGUGAAAAAAGACCCCGGUUUAGUGAAACGGUUGCGUGCAACCUUUUUAAAGUUGGCAUCAGCUUUGGAGGGCCCGGUCCUUCGGAUUAGUCAAGCCAGAAGUGGAGAUUUGUUGUCUGUAUCGCAAUAUUACUCGUCGGAAUUGGUUUCUUAUGUUCGCCGAGUGCUUCAAAUCAUUCCCGAGUCCAUGUUUCAUCUCCUCGACCAAAUCAUCCGACUUCAAACCCACGAGAUCAAAGAGGUGCCAACACGACUGGACAAGAAUAAGAUCAAGGAAUUUGCUCAAUUGGCUCAGCGAUUCCAGGUAGCUGAACUAACACAUUCAAUAUCAGUGUUUACUGAAGGAAUCCUGGCCAUGAAGUCCACUUUAGUGGGAGUCAUCAAGGUCGAUCCGAAACAGCUUUUGGAGGACGGGAUCCGUAAAGAAAUAGUUCGACAGGUGUCCAAAACAUUGCACCAAACUCUCAUGUUUAACCCCAAAGCCAAGACAUGCGAAUUGACUGUUAAAUUGAAGGCCUUGAAAACGAGCAUGUCGGGAUUUCGUAGAUCGUUUGAGUAUAUUCAGGAUUAUGUCCGAAUAUCCGGUUUGAAGAUCUGGCAAGAAGAACUCAGUCGGAUCAUUCUUUUUCACGUGGAACAGGAAACCAAUGUUUUCCUGACCCAAAAAGUCCUUCCCGGGAACAGUGUGUACCAAAACAAAUCCAUUCCUAUUCCAACUCCUCCACCCACAACAAAUCCAGAUUGCCAAACUUUCAUGGGACGAUUGGCCAAUGAGAUCAUUCUUCUAACCAAUCCAAGAACAACGGUGUAUAGUAACGCCCUUUGCUCUUGGUACGACUUGAAAACCAAAGAUGAGGUGUGUUCCAUGGGACUGUUCUCGCUCCUGGAAGAAGCUGUGGGCACGAUUGGUUUGGCGGGACUGGAUCGAUUACUGGGGCUAAAGAUCGUCACGUGUUUGCAGAAUAUGAUUCGAUACACGGAGAAAACCGUAUUUCGGGAUAAGUCUUUGAUUGAGAUGCUAGAGAAUCUGGGCAACAGUCUUAAUCCAACGGAGAACGUAGUAGCUCAACCCAUGAAGUUUUAUGGCUAUUUCCUUGGCAGAACCUAUAGCCUUCUGGGACCCGUUGUGGAUGCCUUGCUGACAUUGGGCCAAUUGCAAUUAUUGCGACAAAAGAUCGCAUACCAAUUGUCUUUGUCGUCUCAUUUUGAUUCGAAAAUCCUUUUCUCUUCCCUUCAAGCCUUGAACCAGUCUUUGGUAUCGAACAUGAAGGUUAAAUGCGACAGGGAGGGUUUCACGAAAACCAAAGCAUUGGAGAGUCCCUUACUUUAUGAACUGAACUCGUUCCUGAAUUGGUCAGGUCUGCAUGAUCCCAAUGGGCAGAUUUACUUGACAACAAAGGCGGCUCCCAAAAUGUCGGAAUUGGCAGCAUUGGUUUUCCUGACCGGGUUGGGUCGAUCUAAAUUUUGCCCUAAUACAGGUCAUUUGAUUCCCAAAAAGUUAGGGGAUCCCUUAGAUGGACACAUGUUCGUCCUUGGAGCCCAAUGUUGGCUCCAACAAUUUUCCGACUCGGUUGGUACCCUGACUAUGGCUUACUUGGCACAAUAUGCUCGAUCCUUCGCAGACGUGCAAAGCCGAGCUAAUGAGACCCUGGGGCCUGAGGUAACGACUACCAUCCUGUUCCUGGAACGUCUCGCUGCGGUCAGAUCUCAAGUGCGGUCAGCAGUGAAUGAAAACUUACCCGAGCCUCUGAUUCAUAUGAUUCCCAAAAACUGAGUUUUCCUGUGAUUACAAUUUGUACGAGAAUAUUAUAUUAACGUUAUUAAUGAAAAAACUGUCAAGCACAACAUCGAUAAAUUCACUUCAUGGACUGCU